CGUGAGACUUCGCAUGCCCCUCGCUGGGUCCCGCGGUGGAUUUUUUCACGAAUCGCAUUCCUCCUGCAUCUGCGCUCAGAUGACAGCUCUCAGUCGCUGGGCUGGCUGACCGGAGCAGCUCAGCUGAUGCCAAGUGGCGAGUUUCUCGUUCUUGGCUCAGUGGGCAUGGACAGACAAACCAGCUCUAUCGGUCCACGGGGGGGAAACUUCUCCCCGACUCCUGCAUUUAAUCUCUUGGCAGCAGAGAGACUUAGUAACGAUGGCUUAUGGGAUGUUGCAGGUACCAGGCCAUGCAUUUGUUAGCAAAAAUCCACCCUAAACUGAUGCCUGGCUCUUUCUCCCCUCUCUUCCAGAUCAAGGAUGACUGUGAAAGCUGUAAAAAUGUCGUGCGCCACUCCAAAUGUUUAUACUAAAGUGCCUGACGGAGGAUGGGGCUGGACAGUUGCCCUUGCUUUCUUCUUUGUGGAAGCUCUUACAUAUGGUAUUAUAAAAUCAUUUGGAGUCUUCUUUAAGGAUUUGAUGGAAAGCUUUGAUGAAACCAACAGCAGGAUAUCCUGGAUAAUAUCGAUAUGUGUGUUCGUACAGACCUUCACAGCUCCUCUGUCGACGGUGCUCAGCAACCGCUUUGGCCACCGCUUGGUGGUGAUGGCCGGAGGGGUGCUGAUCAGCACCGGCAUGGUCGCGGCCUCCUUCGCCCGCACCGUGGUGGACAUGUAUAUCACCAUCGGUGUCGUUUCUGGCCUUGGAUACUGCCUCUCUUUCCUCCCGACUGUCACCAUUUUAUCACAGUAUUUUGACAAAAGACGUUCGCUGGUCACAGCAGUGGCAUCUACAGGAGAAUGUUUUGCUGUCUUCUCCUUUGCGCCAGCAAUCACUGCUCUGAAGGAGCAGAUCGGCUGGCGAUACAGCCUCCUUUCCGUUGGGGUGCUGCAGCUGAGCAUCGUCAUCUGCGGAUCGCUGCUGCGACCCAUCAUCAUCAAAGAGCAAGAAGUGAAAGUCCAGCCUGCGGAAGAGCCCGCAGAGACAAAGUACAUGCUUGAAAAUGAGCAAACGCGCACCUCAAUAGAGUCCAUUGACUCAGGAGUAGAAAUAACUACCUCACCCAGCAAUGUGCCUGGAAACACCAAAGUAGAGCCGAAGAGUGAAGAACCAAAGGAAAACGUACAGAUCCCUGUUGAAAAUAACAGCACCCCUACAGAACCAAAAACCAAACUACUGGACUUCUCUGUGAUGAAAGACUAUAGCUUUAUCUGUUAUGCGUUUUUUGGUCUAUUUGCUACCCUGGGAUUCUUUGCUCCCUCACUGUACAUCAUUCCCCUAAGUCUCAGCCUUGGCAUCAGCAAAGACCACUCUGCCUACAUACUGUCUGCAAUGGCAAUCGCAGAGGUCUUUGGAAGAAUUUCAGCUGGCUGGGUCCUCAACAGAAAGCCUAUCCGCAAGAUCUACAUUGAACUCAUCUGUGUUAUUCUGCUGUCUGUAGCAUUGUUUGCCUUUCCUUUUGCCUCUGAAUUCUGGGGGUUGAUGACAUGUAGCAUAUUUUUUGGGUUCAUGCUUGGGACAGUGGCAGGCACGCACAUCCCACUGCUGGCAGAAGAUGACGUGGUUGGCAUCGCAAAGAUGUCUUCUGCAGCUGGAGUCUACGUCUUCAUUCAAAGCUUAGCUGGGUUGGCUGGACCACCCCUUGCAGGUGUCUUAGUGGAUACAACACACAACUACAGCUCUGCCUUCUAUUCCUGUGCUGCUGGCAUGGUCCUGGGCGCUGUGUUUCUGUCCCUAGUGAGGCCAUGCAAGGUUGGACUAUGUCAAAGUCAGAAGCGGCGCAUAGAAGAAAACGUGGCAGAAGCCCCACAAGACUUACCGGAGGACUUUAUUGAAAUGGAUUUUGGAAAAGCAGAUAAUUCAGGAAAAGGCUCUGACAGCGUGGCCUAAAAAACUGUUUCUUCUCUGUGUAGUGUACCCAGUGUAAGACUGGGGAACAUGUCAGCUGUGCUCCACCUUUUAAAACUACAUUCUAAAGGGAAUGCAAAAUUUUAAAUGUGAACAGUUGCCAUCAACAACUUUUUUUACUCUUAGAAAGACAACUUCUUUUUUAACCAACAAUGGAAAGUUCCAUAGAAAACACGGAUAGCCACAUAAAAAUAACUUCUGUCUAGCAUGAAGAUGUGAUUCACACUCCUGCUUUCCUGAUAAGUGGCAAGCAUAGGUAAAGGCUUGACCGAUCCCAAGUGAAAAACUGAGAACGGGAACAUCUGAAGCAGCCCAUCGGACUCUUAGCUCAGUCUCUGACUGUCUGAGUUCAUCCCAUACUGCAGCUCUUGCACAGUCAAGAAUUAGACGAUACUAACUAAAGACGAAUAUUUUGCAAGGCAUCAGUAACAAACUGAGUUUUCUUUGAGAAGAACGUGGACUCACGUUUUAGAUUUGAGGAAGAGGCUAGGCUGGAUAGCUGACUUAAAGCAUUGUUAAUGUUCUUCUAAUUAACUUGAACGUCACAAAUGCUGGGAAAUCAGAGGUUCCAUGCAUCUUUAUGGCCAGUUCUUACUGCACAUAUUUCACUACAAGAUCAUUUUUCUUCUCCCAAUUAGUAUCCUUUGAACUGUUUUCUAUUGAUAGUCAGAUCUGAUGUACUGUUUCUAAUUUAACUAGUAUUUAUUAAUUUAUUCUCAGAUUGUUAAAGGCCGUUAGCUUAAAUAACUGGAGAGGAAAAAUAAUCUUUUUGAAUAACAAAGUUAUCUUUCUGUCAAUCCUUUCAAUACCUAUCUUGCAUCGCUAGCUUGUGAAGUUGUUGGGAAACUUAUUUUUAUUUUUACAGCAGAGAGUGUAGCUGUUUUUAAUAGGUAGGUCUUAAAUAACCCAAUUGCUGUUUUGUUUAAAAAACAAACACUACAGGUAAAGCCUCUCUCUCCAUAAGGCCUCAGCUGGUAUAUUUGGACCUAGUUCGAUCGCUUUAACCAGAACCCCAUGCAGCACAGAUUCGGCCCAGUAUGUCUUAAUAUCUAAACAUACCCAAAACUCUCACUCUUGAUAGGUGCACAAGUGCAUCACUGAAUGAAUGUGCAAAACCCCACUGCAGUUAAGCAGGCCGCUGUGGUCUGCCUGGUAUGUCCUCGAACCCCUCGCAGCCCCCCUUCCUCGGUUUCCCCAAAUCCCACUGAAGUCAGCGAGAUGCUUUUUGUUGUUGACUUUAGUGAGAAAUGAACCAGACCCCAUGUGCAUUUUUAAACAUCAUCAGGUUAAGAGAAUUAUAAAAGACAACAUACUAGCUGUUUGUUCAGUCUUAUCUGGAGAGGUUCCUCCUCCCAGUGACGCAAGCUUGCUUACCCCACCUAUAUGCAUCUUUAUGCCUCUAAGCGACUCAGGGGGACAAAAAAGUCUGCUUUGCUUCAAAGAACACAUGGUUUGAAGAAGAAGAAAAAAAACAUUUCUGUGUAUUUAAGUGGAAGUGGCAUCAUGCAUUAACUGCUACACUGACACGUCUGUGUAUUUUACCAGCCAUAGAAAUGUGGGACAAUCUGUUUAAAAAAAAAACAAAAAAACAAAAAAAAAAAAACCCUCCUCUUUGGGAAGGUGCUUGAUUCGUUUUUCUAGUUGUCUUAGAUGUCCAAAAAGUAACAGGCACUCUUGCAACAAAGUGGCUCGAGCAAUUCACUGUCACUGCCUGCGACCUGUUGUGACCAUGCUGCAGUUGUGUGUCCUUUAUGCGCCUCAGCACUUUAUCACGUACAGCAGAACCUCGCCAAGUUGCACCAAUGACUGGAAGACCCCUGACAGCCAACUAGGGUUUUGUGAAUCAGUGAGUAAAUGAACAAAUACAAUGUUGCGUUAAGGUGUACUUUUAUUUAUUGUUAAUUUAUGAUACUUCAAGCGUUUUGGUAAAUGUUCUGUAGAAUAUAAUUGUAAAAUUAUUGAAGUCUUUGUCAUACGAGACCUCACUACAGCACUUUGCUAUUACAACUCUGCUUGGAAGUGGAAUAAGGCCUCCAGGUUUUGUGUGUGUGUGAAAGCUCCCUGUUCUGCAGAUUUACGAGGUUCUACUGUAAUUUUUUUUUUUUACAACAGUUUCCAAUACAGAUCGAGUAACAUGUUUGUCACUGACCUCACCGUACACCUCCGUCUGUCGAUGUAGCUACCAUACCACGCGAGCAGGGGAGCGAGUAUGUGUGCGUGCGGGCUCAGAGACCCAGAAGCAGGCUUUAACGUGUUCAAAGCAGGAUUUACUGGUUUGUUUGUAAUGUACCUAGUGGACUCUGGAAAUACUCUGAAACACUGAGUUUUGCAAUAAACUUUCUCUCUUUUUU